UGUUGUUGUUGCCGUUGUUGCCGGUGGCUCAAGAGUGAAAUGCUGCGCAACAGUGUUGCCAGAAGUAUUGUACUGUUUGCUUCAUCUUCACCAGUAGCUUAUAGUUAUAUGGUUGAUCCUGACUCUGUUCUUAGUUGAUGUAUUUGAGAAUAAGCUAGAACAUACAGCCAUGGCUUAGAGACAGAAAAAUUUAAUCAUGGCACAAAUGUUCAGCAUCUCUGACAAUGAGUCGGACACAGAGACAUCGGAAGACUGUGAGGACUCGGACCUGACAAAAAAUAACAGUGGAUCACCGCAGAAAACAAACCAUGAUCUGGCUGUGCCUGAUAGGCUGAAAGGAGAACAACUAGGGAGACACAGGAAUCUUUCGAUGAAUGAUGAGAACCUGCUGGAGACUGGGGCAGCAGAUGAAGGCGAUUUGGUUGGAAGUGAUCCAUUCAGGCCUAGAUCUCGCUCGGCUCCUCCUGCUUUGUGGGCAGCUAAGAAAUAUGGUCGACAGCUAAGGAGAAUGAGUGAUGAGUUUGACAUCCUCCUUGAUAAAGGGAUGAAGAGGGUGAAGAGUGCAGGAACAACACGUCAGAUGCAGCAGUCACCCAGCUGGUUCGCUUUCCUUUGGAGUCACAAAGAGUCUGAUGCGGAGUCUCGCCCCGCAGAGUGACUGACAGUGAAUGAAUGAUGGAAGAAGAGAGAAAAGAGGACUACUGUACAUAACAACUGGUGGCGGAAAAAAAGGAUGCACUGCUGUGAAGUGAAGGAAUAAGUCCAUUGACUGGUUUUAAACCUUUUUCAUGAACUGCACUGAGACCAUUGACUGUUGAAAAGCAUGAUCGGUUUCGCACUGGCAUGUGCUAUCCCACAAAGAUGACAAAAAAUGGAGAAUCUCCACAUUUCCUUAAGCUCUGGGAAUAUUAUGCAGUAAAUCUCAUGAAUGUGAGAAAGCUGAAUAUCCGCAGACUUUCUGUCACUCUGCCACAUCAGUUUUUCAUAUUCACCAUAUUCAUAUUCAGAUGCAAUAUUUUUUAACAAAAGCACAUUAAAAAGAACUUAAAGGUAUUUUAUUGUACAUCAUCUGUUAAAUGAAUUUUUAACUACGUUUUUAGACCGUCAGCUGUUUAAAAUCUGUAAAGGGACUUUGGUCACUUUGAAGAGUCAUCUUGCUUUAUUACCAUCUGAGUCAUAAAAAUCUCUUGGAAUUGUCUACAACCAAUAAGCAAAAGAGUCCAAAAACCAAGAAUGGGUCUAAACACCCAAGAGAGCAGGGGACAUAAUCGUUACUGGUAUUACUUGAAAAUGACAGAUUUUCAAUGCCUUAUAAUUUUUUUUUUAUUAAUUAAA